AUGUCCAGUGGCCUCAUAAUUGGGGAUUUUCCUACAGCAGCCCUGGAGAUUCUGGCGACUGCUGGGACUGAUUUUGACCUGCGGACCCUGCGAGCUGUGCGGGUGCUGCGGCCCCUGAAACUCGUGUCAGGAAUCCCAAGCCUGCAGGUUGUCCUCAAGUCCAUCAUGAAGGCCAUGGUGCCCUUGCUGCAGAUUGGGCUGCUCCUCUUCUUCGCCAUCGUGAUGUUUGCCAUCAUUGGGCUGGAGUUUUACAUGGGCAAGUUCCACAAAACCUGCUUUUCCAACGAGACAGGUGAGGAGGUGGGGGAUUUUCCCUGUGGAGAGGAGCCUCCUGCCAGGCAGUGUGAGAGCGGGACCACGUGCAGGGAGUACUGGCAGGGCCCCAACUAUGGCAUCACCAACUUUGACAACAUCCUCUUCGCCGUGCUCACGGUCUUCCAGUGCAUCACCAUGGAGGGCUGGACUGACAUCCUCUACAAUACAAACGAUGCUGCAGGAAACACCUGGAAUUGGCUUUACUUCAUCCCUCUCAUCAUCAUUGGCUCUUUCUUCAUGCUCAACUUGGUGCUGGGCGUCCUAUCAGGUGAAUUUGCCAAGGAGCGGGAGCGGGUGGAGAACCGCCGGGCGUUCCUGAAGCUCCGCAGGCAGCAGCAGAUCGAGCGCGAGCUCAACGGCUACCUGGAGUGGAUCUUCAAAGCAGAGGAGGUGAUGCUGGCCGAGGAGGACAAGAACGCGGAAGAGAAGUCCCCUUUGGACGUGUUGAAAAGAGCCGCAAUAAAGAAGAGCAAAAAUGACCUGAUUCAUGCAGAAGAAGGGUCUCCCUUUGCCCGUGCCAGUUUGAAGAGUGGCAAGAACGAGAGCUCGUCCUACUUCAGGAGGAAGGAGAAGAUGUUCCGCUUCUUCAUCCGGCGCAUGGUGAAGGCUCAGAGCUUCUACUGGGUCGUGCUCUGCGUGGUGGCCCUCAACACCCUCUGUGUGGCCAUGGUGCACUAUGACCAGCCCGAGAAGCUGACCACUGCUCUCUAUUUCGCAGAGUUUGUUUUCCUGGGGCUGUUCCUCACUGAGAUGUCUCUGAAGAUGUAUGGGCUGGGGCCAAGGAAUUACUUCCACUCUUCAUUCAACUGCUUUGACUUUGGGGUGAUCGUGGGCAGUAUCUUUGAGGUGAUUUGGGCUGCAGUGAAGCCGGGAACCUCCUUUGGCAUCAGCGUCCUGCGCGCCCUGCGGCUGCUGAGGAUCUUCAAAGUGACCAAGUACUGGAAUUCCCUGAGGAAUCUGGUGGUCUCCUUGCUGAACUCCAUGAAGUCCAUCAUCAGUUUGCUUUUCCUGCUCUUCCUCUUCAUCGUGGUCUUUGCUCUGCUGGGGAUGCAGCUCUUCGGAGGGCAGUUCAAUUUCCAAGAUGAAACUCCAACCACGAAUUUUGAUACCUUCCCUGCUGCCAUCCUCACAGUCUUCCAGAUCCUGACGGGCGAGGACUGGAACGCUGUGAUGUACCACGGCAUAGAGUCGCAGGGCGGCGUCCAUUCCGGAAUGUUCUCCUCCAUCUACUUCAUCGUGCUCACCCUGUUUGGUAACUAUACCCUCCUGAACGUCUUCUUGGCCAUCGCUGUGGACAACCUGGCCAACGCCCAGGAGCUGACCAAGGACGAGGAGGAGAUGGAGGAAGCCACCAACCAGAAGCUGGCCCUGCAGAAGGCCAAGGAGGUGGCUGAAGUGAGCCCCAUGUCAGCAGCCAACAUCUCCAUAGCUGCUUUUGUAAAGCAAACUCGAGGUACUGUAUCUCGCAGCUCGUCAGUCUCCAGCGUAAAUUCACCCAAGCAGCAGAAUUCCUCCAAAUCCAAGUCGGUUUGGGAGCAGAGGACGAGCCAGAUCCGGAUGCACAACUUCCGAGCCAGCUGCGAGGCGCUGUACAACGAGCUGGACCCCGAGGAGCGGGUCCGCUACGCCACCACGCUGCACAUCCGUCCCGACAUGAAAACCCACCUGGACCGGCCGCUGGUGGUGGAGCCCCGCGGCGAAGGCAGGAACAACAUCACCAAGCUGAGCCCCGUGGAUGUCCAGGAGGUGGUGGAGCACCCCAAACCCACCUCUGCCGAUGGGGCAGAAGCGCCGCGGAAGCACCACCGGCAUCGGGAGAAGGAGAAGCUGGGAGAGCAGGAGAAGGGAGACGUGACCAAGGACGAGAGCGGCGAAGCCGGGGCUGGCACCAAGGAGGAGCGGCACCGGCAGCACCGGAGCCGCAGCAAGGAGGUGGAAGGGGGCAGCAAGGAAGGGAAAAGCGACCGGAACAGGGGGCAGGAAGGGGGCAAGAGGCACCACCGGCGGGGCUCGGUGGAGGAAGGGGCCGAGAAGGAGCACCGCAGGCACCGCAGCCAUCGGCACUCGUCCGACCGGCCGGGCAAGGAGGGAAACGGCACCGCCAACGGCGCCCGCGGCGAGCGGCGCUCCCGGCACCGCGGAGGGUCCCGCUCCGGGAACAGGGAUGGAGAGCCCGGGGCCAAGGGGGACAGCGGAGAGGAGCCCCACCGGCGGCACCGGCUCAGGAACAGGGCCCUGUCCACCUACGAGUCCGUGGAGAAGGACAGCGGGGAGAAGGAGGGGGAGGCUGGCGAGAAGGAGCACCGGAAUCACCAGCCCAAGGAGAACCAGUGUGAGCUGGAGGCCAGUGGCAGUGGCCCUGGCAGUGUCCCUGUGCACACCCUGCCCAGCACUUACCUGCAGAAGGUGCCCGAGCAGCCGGAGGAUGCCGACAACCAGAAGAACGUGACCAGGAUGAUUCAGCCCCCCUUGGACAAAACCACCACUGUGAACAUCCCUGUCACCAUCACUGCCCCUCCAGGGGAAACCACUGUCAUUCCAAUGAACAACGUGGAGUUUGAGAGCAAACCAGAGGAGAAGAAAGACGUCGAUGACCUGACCAAAAAUGGGCCUAAACCAAUCCUGCCUUACAGCUCCAUGUUCAUCCUCAGCCCCACAAACCCGAUCCGCCGCCUGUUCCACUACAUCGUCAACCUGCGCUACUUCGAGAUGGUGAUCCUGAUCGUCAUCGCCCUCAGCAGCAUCGCCCUGGCUGCAGAGGACCCUGUCCAGGCUGAGUCUCCCAGGAACGAUGCUCUGAAAUACCUGGAUUAUAUAUUUACAGGAGUCUUCACCUUUGAGAUGGUGAUCAAGAUGAUUGACUUGGGGCUGCUGCUCCACCCUGGCUCCUACUUCCGUGACCUGUGGAACAUCCUGGACUUCAUUGUGGUCAGUGGGGCCCUGGUGGCUUUUGCCUUCUCAGGAACCAAAGGCAAGGACAUCAACACCAUCAAGUCCCUGCGAGUCCUGCGUGUGCUCAGACCUCUGAAGACCAUAAAACGUCUGCCAAAACUAAAGGCUGUCUUUGACUGCGUGGUGAACUCCCUGAAGAACGUCCUCAAUAUCCUCAUUGUUUACAUGCUCUUCAUGUUCAUCUUCGCCGUCAUCGCCGUGCAGCUCUUCAAGGGCCGCUUCUUCUACUGCACGGACGAGUCCAAGGAGCUGGAGAAGGACUGCAGGGGUCAGUACCUCGAUUAUGAAAAAAAUGAGGUGGAGGCACAGCCCAGGGAAUGGAAAAAAUAUGAGUUCCACUACGACAACGUGCUCUGGGCUCUGCUCACGCUCUUCACUGUGUCCACAGGGGAAGGGUGGCCAACCGUGCUGAAGCACUCGGUGGAUGCCACCUACGAGGAGCAGGGGCCCAGCCCUGGCUACAGGAUGGAAAUGUCCAUCUUUUACGUGGUGUAUUUUGUUGUCUUCCCUUUUUUCUUUGUCAACAUCUUUGUGGCGUUAAUCAUCAUCACCUUCCAGGAGCAAGGAGAUAAAGUGAUGUCAGAGUGCAGCCUCGAGAAAAACGAGAGGGCCUGCAUAGACUUUGCCAUAAGUGCCAAGCCCCUGACCCGCUACAUGCCUCAGAACAAGCAAUCCUUCCAGUACAAGAUGUGGAAAUUCGUGGUGUCCCCUCCCUUUGAGUACUUUAUCAUGGUCAUGAUUGCUCUCAACACCAUCGUCCUCAUGAUGAAGUUCUAUGAUGCUCCAGAAGCAUACGAAGAAAUGCUGAAAUGCCUGAAUAUUGUGUUUACAUCCAUGUUUUCCAUGGAAUGUGUGCUGAAGAUCAUUGCCUUUGGUGUCCUGAAUUAUUUCCGAGAUGCCUGGAAUGUCUUUGAUUUUGUAACAGUGUUGGGAAGUAUUACUGAUAUUUUAGUAACAGAGAUUGCGGACAACUUCAUCAACCUCAGCUUCCUGCGGCUCUUCCGGGCAGCCAGGCUCAUCAAGCUCCUCCGCCAGGGCUACACCAUCCGCAUCCUGCUCUGGACAUUCGUGCAGUCCUUCAAGGCCUUGCCUUAUGUGUGUCUCCUCAUUGCAAUGCUCUUCUUCAUCUAUGCCAUUAUUGGCAUGCAGGUUUUUGGGAACAUUGCCUUAGAUGAUGAAACCUCCAUUAAUCGGCACAACAACUUCCGGACCUUCCUCCAAGCCCUGAUGCUCCUGUUCAGGAGCGCUACAGGGGAAGCCUGGCACGAGAUCAUGUUGUCCUGCUUGAGCAACAGAGCCUGUGACCCACUCUCUGGCCUCACCAAAAAGGAAUGUGGCAGUGAUUUUGCCUAUUUCUACUUUGUGUCGUUCAUUUUCCUCUGCUCCUUCCUGAUGCUGAACCUGUUCGUGGCAGUGAUCAUGGACAAUUUCGAGUACCUGACCCGGGACUCCUCCAUCCUCGGCCCGCACCACCUGGACGAGUUCGUGCGGGUGUGGGCGGAGUACGACCCGGCAGCCUGCGGGCGCAUCAGUUACACAGACAUGUAUGAGAUGCUGAGACACAUGUCCCCACCUCUAGGCCUUGGGAAGAAAUGCCCAGCUCGUGUUGCCUAUAAGCGCCUGGUGAGGAUGAACAUGCCCAUCUCCCCUGAGGAUUUAACUGUGCACUUCACCUCCACGCUGAUGGCCCUGAUCCGCACGGCCCUGGAGAUCAAACUGGCCUCAGGAGGUGUGAAGCAGCACCAGUGUGAUGCUGAGUUGAGGAAGGAGAUCUCGCUGGUCUGGCCCAACCUGUCCCAGAAGACUCUGGAUUUGCUGGUGCCUCCUCACAAACCUGAUGAAAUGACUGUGGGGAAGGUCUACGCAGCCCUGAUGAUAUUUGACUUCUACAAGCAGAAUAAGAACAGCAGGGAGCAAGUCCAGCCCCCCGGGGGCCUGUGCCAGCCCGGGCCAGUGUCCCUCUUCCACCCCUUGAAGGCCACCCUGGAGCAGACGCAGCCCGCGGCCUUCAGCAACGCCAAGGCCUUCCUGCGCCAGAAGAGCUCGGCCUCCCUCAACAACGGGGGAGCCUUGCCACCCCCAGAGGGAGGGAUCAAAGAGUCCAGUUCUUGGGGGACCCAGCGCACCCAGGACGUGUUUUAUGAAACCAGGAGCCCAGCUUUUGAGCGAGGCCACUCCGAGGAGAUCCCCAUUGAGAGGGUGGUAGAAAUGAAGGAGAUCAGCCCCACAGUUGCCAACGGAGAGCCCCAGCCAGGCCUGGAGAGCCAGGGCCGGGCAGCCUCCAUGCCACGCCUGGCUGCUGAAACCCAGAGGAGCAAAGCACGGUCACCUGGGAGUUACCUGGCACCCAUCCCGGACACGAGCCCCAUGAAGCGCUCGGUCUCCACGCUGGCCCCGCAGCGCCCUCACGCCAUGCACCUCUACGAGUACUCCUUGGAGCGCAUGCCUCCGGAGCAGGGCCACCACCACCACCACCACCGCUGCCACCGGCGGAAAGAGAAGAAGCAGAAGUCCUUGGAUAGGGCCGCCCAUCACAUGGCUGAUGGACAAGCUGUAGCCCAGUCUGGAGAGUCCUCUUCCAAGGACAAGAAGCAGGAGCGUGGCCGCUCCCAGGAGAGGAAGCAGCACUCUUCCUCCUCCUCCGAAAAGCAGCGCUUCUACUCCUGCGACCGCUACGGCAGCCGGGACCGUGCCCAGCCCAAAUCUGCUGACCAGAGCAGGCCCACCUCGCCCAACGGGGGCCCAGAGCACGGCCCACACAGACAGGGCAGUGGUUCAGUUAAUGGGAGCCCCUUGCUGUCGACAUCUGGUGCUAGUACCCCCUGCCGGGGUCGGAGGCAGCUCCCACAGACUCCACUGACCCCACGCCCCAGCAUCACUUACAAGACCGCUAACUCCUCGCCCGUGCACUUCACCACUUUCCAAACCCCCACGUUCUCCCCGGGCCGCCUGAGCCGCGGGCUGUCCGAGCACAACGCGCUGCUGCGGGGGGAGCAGCAGCCGCCCCCGCCCGCCGUGGCCCGCAUCGGCUCCGACCCCUACCUGGGCCACCGCGACACCGCCGCCGACAGCCCGCAGCGCGCCGCGCCCGAGGACACGCUCACCUUCGAGGAGGCCGUGGCCACCAACUCGGGCCGCUCCUCAAGGACUUCCUACGUCUCCUCCCUGACCUCGCAGUCGCACCAAAUCCGCCGGGUGCCCAACGGGUACCACUACACGCUGGGGCUCAACACGGGCACUGGCGCCAGAGGACGCAGUUACUACCACGAAGCCGAUGAGGAUGACUGGUGCUAGCGGCUCGGCGGAACCCUGCGAGACAAACGGAGGAAGAAGGCUCCCUCCUUCUGGGGAAGGCAGCGGGAGGAGCACAUCCCUCACUGCCCCCUCCCCACUGCCUUGUCUAGUCCCGAGACACGCACCAGGCGCCAACCCGGUCACGGAGGCGAGGAGCCGGGAGAAGAGCGAUCCUCACCUUCCACGGUGGAAAAGCAGAACUGUGGGUCCUUCUCAUGAUUGGCGCAGUUUUGUUGGGCUAUUUCUUAAUUAAUUUACCAUCAUAAUUCCCCCCUGCCAGGGUGGGAGCCGGGGGUUGCAAAGGGACUCGUGCGAACAACGCUCGCCCCCCGCCUUUUGUCUCGUUGAGCGAUGAGAAGGAAGAGAUGCACCCAAGAAACUGGGAGAGGAGAAACACAGCCCAGAACAAAGGACAGUCCUUUUGGACUUGAUGUUCAGCCACUGCAAUCCUUUAGGGCAGAGCUGGUGCCACCCCUGAGCUGACCCUGCUGUGACACCACUGCCCUGGGGGUCUCUAAUGUCACUCACCACAUCGGGUCCUUCACACUGACACACGGUAAAGCCACAAAAGAGCUUCUUUGUAAGGACUGUUUCCUUGCUGCUGAGACUUUUCAAUCCAUCCCUCUCUCCUGUUGACUGCAACACACCCUCACUGUUUUGUCUUGUUUACAAUAUAAGCUUGAUUUAGCAAAAAAUAACUUAAAAAAAAAAAGUCCACAAAAAAAGAACAACCCAAACAAAAAGAGGAAAAAAAAGAGCGUAGGGGUGAGAAGAAGAAAUGUUAUUGGUUUUAUAUCAAGCUAUUAGAUAGAACUUUAACUUUUCAUUGUGUGCAUUUUUGUAAAUUGUACAGUAAAAAAAAAAAAGAAAAAAAAAAGAAAAAAA